GUCUUUUAUAUAUGUGCAUGCUCUUACAAAUUCAUAUUUCCACCUGUAAAAUACUUCCUUCUUAUUCUUCUUUGAACAUCAUCAUCAUCAUCAUAAUUCAACUGAUCACCAUAUAUAUAUAAGUAUUUGAAAUGUUUGGAACCAUUAAGAGACUGGUCUAACAACUGGCCUGUUCUUUGAGUUGAACCCGCCAAAAGAGAUCAACCCAUUUCGUCUCGAUCAUCAUCAUCAACCGGAAUUCAAUAAGAUAUCGAACGAAAUGGGGCGACAACUACAAACUUGCAGUACUUCGAAGCAGAAGCUCAGGAAAGGCUUAUGGUCUCCUGAAGAAGAUCAAAAAUUGUUCAAUCAUAUUACUACAUUUGGUGUUGGUUGCUGGAGUUCUGUUCCUAAACAAGCUGGGCUGCAAAGAUGUGGAAAGAGUUGUAGACUGAGAUGGUUAAACUACUUAAGACCAGAUCUUAAGAGAGGAUUGUUUUCGAAACAAGAAGAAGAUCACAUAAUCCAUCUUCAUGAAGUUUUGGGGAACAGGUGGGCACAAAUUGCAGCACAACUACCAGGAAGAACAGAUAAUGAGAUUAAAAACUUUUGGAAUUCGAGUUUGAAGAAGAAACUGAAACAGCAAGGAAUUGAUCCGAAUACUCAUAAAGCUUUAUUGAAUACUGAGAUUGGCCAUGGAAGAAUAGAUAACAAAAUUUAUACUGCUAGAGGGACAGAAAACAACAUUUUUCAAGCAUCUCAUCCUCAACAGUCAUUUGUUAACGAUAAUUCAAACUACUUAUUCCCUAACGAACCACAAAUUGGUGAAUAUUCUUCGAAAGACAACUUUCUAACAAAACCAGUGUUCGAUCCAUUUCCAUUUUCUGAAUUCCAAUCUUCUGCAUAUGAGUCAAUUGGGAUGAGUACAACGAAUAAUUCACAACUUGUAUUUCAAUGUCAGCAACAAAAUUUGACGCCUUUAGAGAACACAAACCAUUUAGAGAUGAACCCUGAAUUUAGGUUCACUUCUAUGCGAAAUUUGAGUUCAUGGUCUUAUGAUGAUUUGAAGGUUGUUGAUACUGCUGAUUUUUCCGAUAAUUCGACUUCAAGAGUAAGCACAUUAUCUAUGAACAACAAUGGUAUGAAUGAUAAUAGCUCCAGUACAAAUAACUGUCAUGGGGAAUUUGUUAUUGGUACAAACAAUAUGAUUGAAAAUGAAGGUUUUUCUUGGGACACUGCAGAAACCAAGUUAGAGUCUUUGUUUGGAUUUCAAGCGAAUGAGAUAAAAUGUGAAGAAGUGAAAUUAAGUUCUUGGGAGGAAAAUCAAAAUCAGAAUCAGUUGAAUAGACAAAAUAAUGUUGAAAACCUUAAUAGCUUCUUCUUCACAACUCUAACAGAAGAUUUAACCGAAACGAGUUUGGACGAUUUCUUCGAGCAAAUUUAGCUUGUAAUUCAAAGAGCAGGGACAUGCAGUAAAGUUUUCAUUUUUCAAGCAAGCAUAGAGGUAAGCAAUCAUAAGGCGAAUCAAUAUACAGAAACUUGUAAUAUUCAGUUUAUUAUCUUUUUCUUGUUUUUUUUCUUCUGUUUUACAAAUUACUGUAAUAAGUUUUCUUCAUGUUUGUUCUUGUUGGUUUUUUGUAAUACUUUCAGCUUACAGGAAUAAAAGCUGUACAAAAUUAUACUCAUGUGAUACAUAUACAACUUUAGUCAGCGUCCAAUUAAGCGAAGAUUAAGAGUUGAUUGUAUAAAAUGCAUGUGAUGCACGCAAUUGCG